AGAUUUUCCGCGUCGCCACGUCGGCACGACAGCCAGGCUGGUAGACAAGGCACGGUAGGCCUAAGCGUCAGCGGAGCCCCGAUCCGCUGCGUCGGCUUCCGAGAUGGAAGUCGUGCAAGUCGACGGGGAGGAAAUAUCGCCGACGGAGCUCGGAAAACAGCAGGGAUGGUGCGAGAUCAAGCGUAACACCAAGAAGGCGGCGGAUGACGACGACCCUGCGACGAACCAGCAAACCGCGACAGCGUCUUCCGAGAAGGCGGCGUCUAUAAAGCAAGCGACGCACUACGUGCGGAAGAUCACCAUGGCGAGCCGAAUGCCCAACCUACCCACGGACGACUACAAGAUCAUCGUGCGGCCCCGGGACGGCAUCAACGUGUCGAAGUACCAGAAGGACCGCGUCCAUUGCUGCAUACGCAACGCAGCAGGCGUGGGACGCGAGGCAGCUGAGGAGGACAGCGUUUGUCUCAAUGAGCGUCAAAACGUGAUAGUGGUGAGCACUCCGUCAGAAGAUCGCGCUAGACGAUACGGCAGCAUUUGCAAGCUGCGCAUUGGCGACCGCGAGUUCGAAGCAAGCGCCUACAGAGCGGCUCCGGAGAACACAUCCAAAGGUGUUAUCAGGGGCAUAUCGCUAGACGAAAAGCCGGCGGACGUCGUGAGAAGUCUCGUGAACCAGCGAAACCCGAACGUCCUGCAUGCCAAGCGCAUGGGGAACACGAGCAACGUGGUCAUCCUCUUUGACGGCUACUACGUGCCCCGUUACGUGAACUACGGCGGGAUGUUGAUGAGGUGCUCUCUCUACAAGAAACAAAUCGACAUGUGCUACGAGUGCGGUCGUCUGGGACACAGGACCGACGUGUGCCCCAACCCGAACGACAAAAAGUGCCGCGGGUGCGGAUGCAGCAACCCACCCGACGACCAUCGGUGCGAGCCGGUGUGCCAACUGUGUGGGAAGGGUCACCUUACCGGGGACCGCAAGUGCAAAGCCAGGUACAAGACGCCGUGCCUAGUCAAGCGACGACAAUGGGAACGCAGAAUGCGCGAGGAGGCUGAGGCCGCUUACGCCAGCAGCAGCACCUACGACUGCAGAGAGGAGAGCUACCGACAACGCCCCACACAGAGACGAGCUAGCGCCGACAGCCGCUCGGCCUCGAGGGAGAGCCGUGCACGUAGCCGCACUCGCUCCCGCACUCGUUCUCGAGCCCGCUCUCGCACCAGCUCCCGCCCCCGCUCGGUGAGGCCUCGCAGCAGGUCGACGGCCCGUGCCAGCCAUGCAGCUGCAGCGGAAGAUGGACGAGGAUCCAACCCCCCACAGGUGAGCUGGGCGGCGGUCGCCUCCGGAGGCGCACCUCGUGCGCCGCUAUCGCGAACCGAGACUGCCAUUAAUAGAAACCCCGGAGCAACUAGAAGCAGCAGUAGCGCUCAGAGUAGCAACUACGGAACAGAAAGCGUGUUACAGAAGCGACUGGAUCAGUUAGAAUCCGUCAUCAAAACACUACAGCAGGAAAAUGCUAGGCUAAAGAACGAAAUUACCACGUUAAAAGGGGCCCCAGCAACCCCCUCUCCUCCUCCUCUGACCAAACCAGUCGCCGCAGACGCAGCUGCUCGAACGGUCGAGAGCGCGGAGGAAGUCAUGGAGGCGCAGGACGCACAACCCGCUCCUACUAAACGCAAGGCGCUAGACCCGCAACAGACCGAGACCACAUUGCAAACGCGCGAGCAGAAACUCCGCGAGCGAGUCGACAGACUCGAAGACAAAGUAGACGCGAUGAUGACGCAACAAGCGCAUCAAACAACGCAACUGAACCGCGCAAUCGCUCAGCAAACCGCGCAAACCGAACAGCUGAGCAGUGCAAUAGCACAACUCACUCAAAUGGUUGCGACGCUCCAAUCGCGCAUAGACAAUAUUGAAAUGCGGCUCCCGGGCGCAGCGGGUCGCCCGGUACGGACGACUGGGAAACCGUACCUUAGGCCGAUACCAGACGAAGAGGUGCAGGAUCAGCCGGACGGCAAAUAAUAAUGCGGACAGUCACGAUGGCUCAACACACCACACAAACACAACGCCCACGACCGCGUAACACACAGAACACGUUCACAAUCUGGCAGUGGAACUGCAGGGGGUACAGGAGGAAACGGGGGCAUCUUCAACAAUUCCUACGCAACCGGGAACGGCCUGACGUAAUCCUAUUACAAGAAACCAAUGACGCGGUCAAGCUGGCCGGUUACAAAGCGAUCGAUGAGGCCGUGACCGCGGGAGCACCGCCGGCCGCUGCAACGCUAGUGAGACGCAACCUCACCGUGGCGCAACGCGAACUCAAGAACGUUAGAAUACCGCACGUGCUGAUUGAGCUUAUUCCGACGACAGGGCGCGGUCUGUUUGUAUUGAACGUGUACAGUAGACCUAAAGGCAAACACCGCUUUAGCACGUUACUGCGAAAGGCGAGCGAGGCAGCCGGCGACAGGCCCUUAAUCAUCGCGGGUGAUUUCAACGCGCCUCACGCGGCGUGGGGGUACAAGUACGAAACGCCGAAGGGUAAGCGCCUGUGGGGAGACGCGCAGAAUGAGGGGCUGGAGCUCGUUACGGACCCUUCCGCGCCCACACGCAAGGGCAACAGCGUAUGUGCGGACACUUCGCCCGACCUUACGUUUACGAAGAACGUCGCUGGCGCGCGGUGGCAUAACACCCAGGAGGACUUGGGUAGCGAUCAUUCGGUGAUCGAGAUCCAGGUCGAUGUGGGACCGCACUACCAUCACCACGGUCAUCGGGACGGCACCAAGGGCAACCACUAUCGGCUGGUAGAA